AUGGCCAACAUGCUGCUCCCUGAAGGCGAAGGACCAGCCGCGCUCGUGGUCGUCCCGCUCGCCGCCGCUUGCACCACCAGGCUAAACGGACUGCGUCACCGCUUCGAUUUUCAGCGCUGCGGUUUCCUCCGCAGCCUGUCCUCGCGCCGCGUCGUCAGCAGCACCUGCAUCAGCUUGCUGCUGCUGGUUCGACUCCUGCGCCUGCGGAGUCGUCGGGCCAGCGAUACCCUUCGCGUGCCCGAUGCUCUCGUCGUCUCCCGCUGUGGCAGCGCGCGCGGGCGCGCGGGCGAGCUCGCCCCGGCCCACGUCUGCCUGGCGCCUGCAACGGAGACGUCGGACGAUGAUUGGGACAUGGGCCCCCUGAACGUCACCCACUCGCUGCAGAACCGGCGCUGGAAGGAGCCCUGCGUCGCCUACACGGAGUCGCACGACCAGGACUGCCAUCGUCGGCGACAAGACCCAGGCGUUCUGGCUCAUGGACGGGACGCCGAGAUGUACACGCACAUGAGCACCAUGAGCCCGCCGAGCAUGGUCGUCGACCGCGGGCUCGCGCUGCACAAGAUGAUGCGGCUGGUCACGAUGGGCCUCGGCGGCGAAGGCUGGCUGUGCUUCAUGGGCAACGAGUUCGGGCAUCCCGAGUGGGUGGACUUCCCAACGGAAGCGAACGGGUGGAGCUACCAGCACUGCCGCCGUCGGUUCGACCUCGCUGGCGAGGACCACCUGAAGUACAAGUUCUUCGAGGCGUUCGACGUGUUGAUGUGCGCCCUCGAGAACCGCUUCAAGUUCUUGGCGUCGGACCAGCAAUUCUGCUCGAAGAAGGACGACCAAGGCGACAAGGUCAUUGUCUUCGAACGAGGCGACCUGCUUUUCGUGUUCAACUUCCACCCGUGCAACUCGUACACGGACUACCGCAUCGGCCAUCCGUGGAACGAGGGGCUGCGGGUGCUGCUGGACUCGGACGAGGGCCGCUUCGGCGGCCACUGCCGCCUGGAGUGGGGCCACACCAACUCCGCGCCGCCGGGGCAGGCGUGGGACAACCGGUACCACUCCACGCAGCUGUACAUCCCCAGCCGGACGGUGCAGGUUCUUUGCCGCGAGUCGCUCAUCCAGGGUGGCGUGACCAUCCGCCUGGCCGCCGUCUCGCCGACCGAUGUGUGGCCCUUCCCGAAGGACCGACCAGCUCCGCCUCGCCGUGGUCGACCAGGAGGGCAAGGCGGGCGCCGCGCAGAAGUUCGACGCCGGGGGCAGCGUGAAGUUCCCGGACGCUUCCGCGGAGGGCUUCAAGGUCUUCCGUGCCACGGCGGACGGCAAGGAGGUUCCGCUGAUGUUCGCGCCAGAGCUGUUCAAGGUGUACUUCCCUGGCGAGUACAUGGUCGACGCCCUGGGCAACAUGACGUGCCUGGGAGGCGCGGGCUCCGAGAUGCCCGAGCCCGGCGAUCCCGCGGCCCCGGGCUGCACGGAGGCCCCGGGCGAUCCCCCGAGGACGGGCGUUCGUCCCGCCGCCCCGCUCCGCCUCCGACUCGCUGCUGCCGCCCUCCGAGGUGGAGACCGAGCCGCUGCCGGAGGCCAACAAUCUGCCGGAGGUGA